AUGAAUGGGCUUUGCUCAGGAGAUGAGCCUGCAUUGCACACCGUGGUGCUCGAAACCUGUUGCCGUCCCUUCGGGGGCGGCAUCGGUGUAAUUUUUGCUGGCACCCACCAUACUUUUUCAUCAUGUCGUUGCCACUGGCAGCGCCACGGAGAGGAAGCUCAUCAUCGCCGUUGCUGUUGUUGUAGUGCUGUCUCUGACCGUAACCGCUCAUCUGUCGCCGCACGCAUGCUCGUAGGACCUGCGCCAUUAACCACUGCUACACUCACGCUGCAUAUCCUUCGUCUUUCAGUGCGCGUGCAAGACUCUAACGAACCAUCUUCCAUCGUCCAUCGCCGCAUCGCCAUUUCGACACUGCUUCGCGUCUGCGCCACUCGAACGCCUACCACGCAACUACACCACCAGCUGACUUGCAGCGAUCGAGCACCUCGCAGCCAUGGACGCCCUUUACUGGUUCUGCACCAUCCUGGAAUACUACAUCCUUCACAUCAUCAUCGUCGCCAUCCUUCGGGGCGUCUACAACAACUUCAUCAACCUCAACGAGCCAAGACAGUAGCUGGCGGCGGUGGCGACCACCAGCGCGACAUUGGCGACGUGGGCGGCGACAACAGCAUGUCCGCCCGAAUACACCCGACCGAGACGAGCGGCAGUAACAACAUCAUCAUUGGGCGCCACCAUCACCAUCUUCCCGCCACCUCCCAAAACAUCAUAGUCGGCACGGCCUCAGCGACACGGAGCAUCAACAGGCUUUUCAUGGCGAGAGUACUUCCUCGGCCGAACGAGUACCACGGUCGCCUGUCGAGUUUGAGCAGCACCUCUGCGUACAGUGAGACUGGAGCGAGAGGCGCUGGACGGCCUGGUAAAGAGCAUUGUGGGCAGCAAGAGAUGUAUCGGUCGGAUUACACCUGGUGGCAAUUGGCUCCAACAUGUCUCAUCGGCCAAGGAAGGCAGUGGAAAGCUCUGCGGACUUUAAGCAGAAAUUUUGAAUGGCACUCCGACAUGUUCCUGCUGAAGUCGACCGGCAGUUGGAUAUACGCACUUCUCGUGGCGGACUGCUGUGACACAUUGCAUCCGUCCUUGGACUUUCCAAUGGAAGGCCACAUCCUGCUGGUAAGCACGCGUUGCCAGAUCAGACACAAGGCUCCAGAACACUGCGGUAAAGGAGCAGCAAGCGAUAGCUUUUCGCCAACAAGUCUCACGCUAUCAUGUCCAGCGGGCUCCAUUGGUCGACAGGCAGGAUUGCUCAUUCUCCGCUCAGUCGAUUCUUGGCUCUUGGUAGGCUCGACAAAGGGAGAUGACCGGCUCUUGGGUUUACCGCAACAUAAUUUGAUUGUCCAUUCCACCGCUUUGUCUGAGGUCUCUGAAAGCCGGAGUCACUCAGCACACAAAUCGAAGUUUAGUGGUCCAUUUGCCUGUCUCAGUCUCGGUGACGAGAGGAGUGCGCCAUCGACUGUUAGACUGCAUUCACAGUCUCCAGAGCUCAUUUGCCCCGACGACAGCAGUACCAAAUGCCGGCCCUUUUUGUCAUCGCUGCGGCAUUGCCUUAAUACAGGAGCUGAGGUCGGCACCGAAUCAGCAUCAGAAUUGAAGAUGAUGCUCAUCAAUCUUCCGAUGUAA